UUUGUUGUGCUAAAUUGUUCUGCAGCUUUAUAUAUUAUUAACCUAAUUUUUAUUACAUUUUAAUGCAAUUAUUAGAAUAGCAUAUGUUUACUUAGUUAUUUCCGGAAGACGUAAAAUGAAUUCUACAAUUUCUGACGAUUUAAACCGUGAACAUUUGGCAUUAGAAGCAUCAAAGUGUUUAAAAAAUAUAUUCUCCAAUACUCAAAACGUUACUGCAUUACAUAAAGAAAUUUUGGAAAUAAAUUUAUCAAUCACUGCAUAUAUUGAAGAAAGUAAAAACCGUUUAGAAGGCCUUCGUCUUGAGUUAGCGCAUCAAGCGCAAAGCUCGCAUAAAGUUGUAGAUAUACUGAGUAAAAAAUAAUAAAAUGUCAAAUUUAUCAAAAACUCCUCAAAAAAGAAAAAACAAUUACAGAAAUAUUAAAAACUUGGAUAGAGAAGCUAAUAACAAUUCAAAUACUCAAGAUUCAAAACAGGAAUCUGCAAGAAAUUUUAUAGUCUGGUAUAAGCGUUUGGUUGACAAUGAUCGUCAGAAACUCAGUUUAUUUUUGUCAGAAGAUAUAUCACUAGAGUGGUUUGGAAGAACGAUAAAGACUAGGAAAAAAGUUUCAGCUUUUGUUAAACAUGACAUCCAAUGUUCCAGACAUGACUUUACGACUGUACAAAGUAUUGAAAAAAUUCAGACAAGAAAUGAAAGAUUACAAAGAAACCCUGAAAAUAUUUUAAGCAGUCCUUUAAAUUCCCCUGAAACUGACAUUCCAAAAUCACAAAAAUUAUGUAAAAGAAGAAUUCAAACUACCUGCAACAGUCCUCAGUGGGCCGAAGGAUGCAAGCCCAAUGACAAUGAUGAUGAAGCAAUUGAGUGUAAACGAAAAAAACCAAACAUAAGUUUUGGAGUUAAUGAACAGAGAUAUCAUACAAGAGAAAUUCCCAACAUUGAUAAUGUAAUAAGUAAUAAUGGUGAUGGUAUGAUGGAAAAACGCAAACGUAAAAGUUCCUCAAUAACACCUCCAAAUAUGGAAUGCGGUCAGGGUGAUUGCCUUCCGUCUACUAGUGGUACAGGUUCUGAGAGUUCUCAUGAGGCAUUAAAUGCCCAACUUCCCAAAUUAGCUGUUGAAUGUGAUGGUUACGUUGAAUUUAAUAGAACUAGAAAUAGUCGUAGUUCUGAUUGCAUGAAAUGGGACAGGAAAUGCAAAGUACAAAUCAGUUACUCUGAGGAUCCUCUUAAUGUAGGGGAGUAUAUAAUUUGGGCUUUAAGAUAUAGUGACGAAAGUAAGUGUCGUAGAAAUUUAUUAGCUGCAUUUGAGGAAGCAGCUUCAGAUUAAUUUGUUAUGUGUACAUCUAGUGUAUACACUAAUACUUACUUUUUAUGACACACCUUAAAGGUUCUCUUCUAGAAUAUUAGUUUCCUUCAAUAUUCAUUUUAUUUAUCAUGACAAACUAUAGAUUAUUAUGUAGCUUUUUGUACAAACACUUUAUUAGGAUAUGACUCAGAAUUAAACAUUUAAUUGACAUUUAAAAGUAAUAAGUAAAAACAGAAUUAUUAUUAUAAUAAUAAUUAAUUUAAUAUGGAUAUGUAUAUUUACUUGAUGGUACAAAAUUAACUUUAUAUACAACAAUAAUGAAAGAAAUAUUUCAAAGUAAUUUUACUGAUUAAGAAACACAUUGAACCAAUGAACACUUUUUAUUUAUAUUCUUUAAGUAUUCUCUUCUGUAUUACACUUAGUACUUAAUGAAUGAAAUUAUUAAAUAGCAAAUAAGCCUUUAAUAGAAAUAAAUAUAUUUUAUUAAUAAAUAGGUAUAAUUAAAGUCAGAACUCAUUCCCAAUUAAAAUUACUUACAUAACACUUACAACCUACAUUACAUACUUGAUACAUGAUUAUAAUAUAAUAAACAUUCUAUUAUUUACUAAUCACUUUUUACAUAAGACUUUUACAUGAUUAUGUGAGUGAAGUAGUUAUAAAUAUCUGGGAGAUAGGAAGUAUAUUCUCGUGUGCCUUGUAUUGUGCCAAGUCUACAUACUGAAUUAUUUAUUAUACUUUUUAAUAGUGAACAAAAUAAUUCAACAAAUCAAUCAAAACAUACUGAAAAUAUGGGUUAUAUCGUUAAAUGUAUAACAGAAAUAUGGUUGUUUUAAUUUUCGUGAUGAGAAUAUUGAGGAAUAGAUGUGUGGAGAGGAUGAAUUAGUCAUUAAUGUGUGUAGUUGUGAAUGAAAUAAAAAGUAUAUAAUAUACUUUUUAUAUUGACAUAUAUACAUUACACGCAUAAAAUUGAAUGUUGAAAUUAGUUGAGUAUUCAAUAUAUAGAAGCAGCUGUCUAAUUGAAAUAUAUAAAACAUUUAUAUGUUAAGCUUAAACGGAAUAAAGUCUCAAUGAAAUACCACCGAUAACAGCUUGUCUUAAUAAGUCCAAGAUAUUAUUCCAUACUAUGUAAUUCUAUAUAUUUGUUAGUGUUAACACAUAAUUUCCUAUUUCAAAUAAAAUUAAUCUUGUGUGAUGUAGUGUUGAUACACUUAUACAUGUUUAUAAAAAAAAAUUAUAUAUAUUCAUAAAAAAAUUCAAUGCAUUGAUUUUACUUUAUAAAAAAAUUGCCUCUUCUGUGUGAUAUAAAUGUGAGGAACUAUGCAUUACAUGCUACGAAGAUCUUGUUUGCUUGUAUGACCAAUGUUUUUUGGAUGACCCUUUUUAGAAAUCCUAUUUUUUGCAGACAGAAACAGCCUGUUAAUGUCCCAAUGCUGGGCUAACGCCUCCUCGCCCUUUUUGAGGAGAAGGUUGUUGUUGUUAUUUGUUGCAGAAUCAACUUCAAUUGAUGCAUUUAUAAUCUUAAGCAUUUCUGUCCCAUUUUGCAAUGUGAACUGUCUCUUGGUAAACAUGUUGAUUCACAUUCGGUGGCUUUAUAGGGAUUCUUUGCCGUGUUAACCAUUACAUGGCCAAUUUUAAAAAGAAUGCCAUAAAUUUCUUUGCUGACUAAAUAAUAGAAUUAUGGUGUUUUAAUCCUGUUAACACUGUAGUUUAAACUUAAAAAGAGUAAAAAUAAACUAUAAUACCACACACACACACAUAUAUAUAUAUAUAAUAUGACUUAUGUUACUUAUGUUUGCAAAGAUAACAUUAUGACAUGUAAGGCUUUCUAUAAUUAAUUGUAUAACUGCUUUUUACAAUAUUUGUGUUAGUUUUUACUUAUUGGCAACAUGUUCGUUUAAAAUUAGGUAUAUACAGUUUAAAAAAAAAGUAUGUAGUUAAGUACUAUUUGUGGCCAUUUCGUAAUACAUUACUUUAUAAUGUUAAUUAAACGUUACAGAACUUCUGUUAGUUUUAGCUAAUAAGUAAUAUUUCAAGCUUCAAGCAAAAAUUUUUUACGCAAUGAAGUUUUGCUUAAUUAAGCUGCUACAGCCAAAACACAAGAAAAUUGGUAUAAUUUUAUCAAUUCUAUUGAGAGAAAUUCGACGUUUUCGUCAAUGCAAUACCCCCAUAUACACAUGCGUGCUCGUGAUUCGCCUCGCCACACUUUUCACCGACACGAGUGACCAGUGAGUUUACACAUGCGCGCUAGUUCAUCUUUCCACUCAAAUUCCUAUCACUCUUCUUUCACCCAAAAGACCACUUCCACUGCGAGCGUCAAAAGCGGCAAGGGGAAUGACUAACAGCCAUUUACACAUGCGUGCUCCACUCAUUGGUUACUCACGCGAAUGUGUAAACGUGGUAUAACAAAAGCUGCCCUUACAGUGAAAUAGUAGCUCAAAAACAAACAUUUCACUUCUUAAGUCAACGCGAGCUUCUAUUAUAGUGUUAUACUAUAGCAAUGCAAAGUCAAGAUAUACAAAAAAAAAAUUUUAUAUAGAAACAAACGUACUACAUCGCAGACGAGCGCUGGUUUUAGACACAAUUUCUGUACUCUGUACUGUAGUGUCUGCACUAGUAAGAGCAAAUUGAUACUCGAUCGUGUAGCCUAUCGUAUUAUUCUUAAGUCUUUACAUAUUUUAAAACAUUACUUGUGAAGUAAUAUUUUUGUUUUUCGUUUUAUUCUUAGAGGUUUUAAGAAAUAAAGUUGUUUAGAAAUGUA